AUGAAAUAUGCAGGUGUGUUUGGUGAGUCAAUAACAGUGAUUGAGGGGAAUUCUGUCACUCUACACACUGAUGUUACUAAAAUACAUAAAGAAGACCACAUAACAUGGAAAUUUGGUGUUGAAAAGUCUCUUGUAUCUGAAAUCAUAACUGAGAAGCAAAUCUUCUCCACAUCUGAUGGUCCUGAUGGAAGAUUCAGAGACAGACUGAAGCUGGACAAUCAAACUGGAUCUCUGACCAUCACAAACAUCACAACUCAACACGCUGGACGCUAUGAAGUACAGAGAAGUGGAAUUAAGUGGUCAUCAAAAACAUUCAGUGUUUCGGUCUAUGCUCGUCUGCCUGUUCAUGCCAUCAGCAGUAACUCUUCACAGUGUUCUUCAUCAUCAUCAUCAUCAUCAUCAUCAUCAUCAUCAUCAUAUUGUUCAUUGUUGUGUUCAGUGGUGAAUGUGGGUCAUGUGACUCUCUCCUGGUACAAAGGAAACAGUUUAUUGUCCAGCAUCAGUGUGUCUGAUCUCAGCAUCAGUCUCUCUCUACCUCUGGAGGUGGAAUAUCAGGAUAACAACACCUACAGCUGUGUGCUCAACAAUCCCAUCAGCAACCAGACCACACAUCUGGACAUCAGCAAACUCUGUCUCACAUGUUCAGGCUCAGUCUCUCUGAUAGUGCUGAUUUCUGCUGCUGCUGCUGCUGCUGGAUCUCUGUUGAUCGUAGCUGCAGUCAGGAUAUUCUGCAUCUGCUGGAAACACCGAAAAAAGGAUCAUGAAGCAGUUGAGACCCAUGAUGAAGACAUAAUUUACGCUGAUCCCACUUUUCUCGAAAGAAAAGCAUAUAAAUCGGAGGUUAAAGAGGAAGAUAAUGUGGAGUGCGUACCUAUUGCCAUGAGAUGA